AUGGAUCUGGAAAAGCUUCUAGGGGCGUUCCGGAGCAGAAUGGAGGAGAAAAGGUUUCCCUUUAUAACAUCAUCAAUGUUGUCUCUAGGAGUUGGGAUUGCUAUCCUUGGAAGACCAAAUGGGGCCAAAGACAAAAGCAUUAUGGGAUACAUUAAACGGGCAAAAGAGAAGGCAUGCAGGUUUCUCCAAGAUCCAGAGCCAAAAACUCCUGUCUUACCUCCCCAAGAACGACCUAAACCUACAGUUAUAUUUGAUUGUAAGGAUUUUCUUAUAAAGAAGAGGUUCUCGUUUUUCAACCUUGACUUCCUAGUCACCAAGAGGGCAUUUACAGAUCUUUUUCUUUUCCAUAGUGCUCAUAUAUAUGAGCUGGUCCAUGUUUCGGAGUCGUCUGUGGGAUUUAGCAGGUUUCUGUUGAAUAGAAUUGAUCCCUACGGCUGCAUUUCUUAUAAGGUGUAUUGUAAAGACAAAAAGAUGUUUGGCAGCGAGCAUCUAAAUAGACCACUGGAAAAGGUUGUGGUUAUUUCAACAAAAGAAAACGAAUAUCACAAGGACUUUGAUGAAAACCUUCUAAGACUUGAAAAAUGGCGAGGAGGCCCUGAAUACGGGCUUCUGGAUCUUCUGAACUUUCUUCACAAUCUUCACUUCACUGGGAUAAGUGAUUUUCGGGGCACACUAAAAUCAUACCUAGGAAAGAACUUCUACAGUGCUUUUGAAAGGGUCCAGAAAGGCAUAUUUGUACAGAGAAAUCUGUUUUCCUGGGAUGUGGAAAAAAGAUACAGAAGCAGAAUCAAGGAAAUCAAUGAGAAAAGAAUGAAGGACUUUGAAAAAGCAAAAAAGACCAUGGAUGCAGAUCUCCAAAAGAGAGGUGUGGAAGAGCAAAGUUCUGUUUUGGGUAACCUAUUCGAUUUGGUUAUCAAACUACUUAUCUAA